CAAUGGAGGUUUAUUUUUCUGUGUAGUACGUCACCAAAAAGUGGUGUAAUGAGCCUCCUUAAUUAAAUCGCCAUUUAUUUGUUCAUUAAAUUUUGGUGCGAGACUCAGUUACCUGGCUAGUACUCGAAAUAAACUGUGUCAAUAGGUCGAUUAAAGAUAAUACCUGACACCCGUUAAAUUCAGAAGAAAAGCCACACGUGUCCUAACUGUCCUUCAUCAUGAAUGUGGACAAUUUAGAGUCUCCAUAUAAGGAUCUGGUAAAAGCCGCUGUGAAAGCGAAAGAUAAAGCUUACUGUCCCUACAGUAACUUUCAUGUGGGUGCCUCCAUCUUGACCUCUAAUGACCAAAUUUUCACUGGUGUUAACGUAGAGAACGCCUCCUAUGGGCUUUGUGUCUGUGCAGAGCGCGUCGCCAUUAUGAAUGCUGUGUCACAAGGUCACAAAGAAUUCAAGGCCAUGGCUGUUUGUUGUGACAUCAAAGAUUCUUUUAAAGCGCCCUGUGGGGCCUGUCGGCAGGUAUUUGCCGAGUUUAAUUUGAACAUGGAUUUCUAUAUGGUAAAACCAGACUACACAUCCAAAAAGAUCACAGUAGGAGAUUUACUGCCAAUGGCAUUCACCCCAGCAUCGCUACAGGAAGAAAGAGUGUAGAAUAGCUUACAAAAUGAUACCUGAAUAUCAAAAGAUAAGGAAAGUGUUGACUAACCAUUAUAAAUAUUGAAUGACAUGUCUUUAUUAACAGUUUUGAUAUGGAAUUGAAUCUUGUAUUGUAUUUCAUUGUAAAAGACGUUAUUUGCUGAGUGAAAUGUUUAUCGAAUUUUUAAAAUGCAUAUUCAUGAUAGCAACAGAAAGACUGUAAAAGUAUACACUUUUCUACGUUGUAAUGUAAUGGUGUUAAAUAUAAAUAUGAAAAAUCCCAAUAUUAAGAUUUAAAAAUUAAGAUUUAUUUACAGAUAAAUAUUUGAUUCUUCUAGUUAACUUUUACAAAAAUUCAAAGAACAAAGGACUGCCACUCAUAUUUUAAAAAUUUUCAUUUACGUUUACGUCACUUGUUGCUAGCUAAUUAAGAUUGGGAAAUUUUUAUUGGAUAAGAAUUGUUAAGAUGAAUGUAUCAGGUCAAAGCAAUUUAUUGUUGUAAUAUCAUAAUACAUGUAAUCUGUUUUUGCAUUCUAAGUAAGCCAAUCAUUUUGAAUACCAACGAUACACCGUUCUUUUUUUUAUGGAAAAGCAUUUCAGAUAUAAAUGUUUAUGCGAUGUAAUGUUGCAUGUGUUAAUUGAUUCUCCUUAAAAAGACCUUGUUCAAGCAUCAGUGCAAACUUAGGAGAGAGCUUAUUGUCCGUACAGCAAUACGUCGGGGUUGCAGUACUUACAAUUAGUGAUCAAGAGAUUACGGAUAAUUAAGAUUGGAUUUUAUUUUUAACUUUUUUAUAGCAUGUUCGAAUAUAGUCCUGUCAUUUUAGAAGUUUAUUUGUUCUUUAGUUCUGCGCAUUUUCACACUUCAUCUAUCGGUUCCUUGAAUUUUCAUUAUAUCAAUCGUUGUCAAAGCUCGGGACGCUGUGAAGUUUUUUGUGCACUCCGGUAGAUCGUCAGCAUAUUCAUGUUGCUGCUAUAGCGGUCACUGACGUGUACAGAUAAUAGUGUGGCAUUAUCAGAACUAAAAUAAUUAAAGUAGUAUACUCAUCA